AGGAAAUUAAGAUAGUGUUGGUACUGUAAUACAUUUUCGUUUUGUGAAUCGUAUUGAUAGAGUUGACCGAGGUAUUUGCCAGUAUAGUGAUUGUUAAAAUUUGGAAUAAUUAUUAUAAAUUAUUACUAAUCAACUGUAUUAGUGUAUCUGCAUCGAAGUCUGAACCCAAGUUAACCAAGUAAAAUGGAUGAAAACACCAGAGAAUUGCGAGUGUUUGACCUUCCCCCCGAUGUUACAGAAGAUCAGUUAAUGACUAUAUUUAGAAAUAAAAGAGGACAAGGAGGAGGCCCUAUUGAGAAAAUAAUCUUGGAAAACAAAACAAAUUCUGCUAUCAUCACUUUUAAAGAUGCUGAAGCUGUUGAUUUAAUCAUGGGCAGACCGUCACAAGUGGUGAAUAUUUUAGGCAAAGAUUCAAGAGUUGAAAGAUUUUUUAAAGCCCCAGAAACUCCAGUCAACAAACCCUGUGCAGAGGUUCAUAAAAAGAAAAAGUCAAAACCUAAACCACCCCAACAACAAACUAAACCUAGUGAUGAACCAAAGCCACAAGAAGAAAGGCAAACUGAUUUCUGUGAAAACACAGUGAAAAUGUUUGUUCUAGACAUUACUAAAACAAAAGACUUUUAUUUGCUUUAUCUGGAAGAUGAAAGUAUCAAUUCAGGGCCUUUUAUUGAAGAGAGCUUAUUGUUAGAUGGUCAUAACAAAUCUGUUUAUGUGACAUUCCACCAUAAGAAAGAUGCUGAGAAAUUUUGCUCAGUAAAACACAAACCAAAGGACAGCAACAUUCAAAAAGUCCAACUAGCUGAACCAGCAGAUUUUAAUACCUACAACAACCUUUUGUAUAUAAGGGGAGUAAAUGAUGACUUUGAUGUGAAGAGAUUGAGAGCUUUGAUCUCAGAGGCCUGUGCUAUGGAAGUGAAUGAUGUCAUCCAACAACAGGAUACUAGGGCAGCCAUCUUUGUUUUUGAUUCAGAAGAGUGUACAGACAUAUCAGAGCUGACAUGGCAGUGCAGCAGACUGCUAGAGGAGCCAUAUAUAACUGGACCAGUCUUCCAGGAGUUCUGUGUCUUGGUGUCAGAUCUAAAACCUGAAACUGCCCCAGAUCUCUUAAGGAGAUAUAUGUCAAAUAAGAAUCGUAGUGGAGGGGGCUCUGUCAAGUCAGUCCACAAACUAAACCCUUCAAAGGCUAUUGUUGCGUUUAUUGAAGAAAUUGACUAUGAAUGUGUACUCUCCAAAACUGAUCAUUCACUAGAAGGAUGUGCUAUUUCUGUUCAGCAAUAUUACCCAUGUCUCAACAAAGAAGAAAUUCAGCCCCAAAAAAAUCAGCCUAAUAAACCCACUGCAAUAGCUCAUCCACUCCAGUCCAUACCAUCAAGGGUACAUCACUCUGGAAUACAAAAAUAUAUGACAGAAAACCUGUCAGGUCAAGAGGUUCAACUUGUGACUUUUAAAAAUGUUAAAAAUAUUAAAAAAUCUUAUUGUGGAAUCCUGGAUCUAAUUUUUGAGGCUCUUCAAUUUCUAAAAAAGUACCAAGACAGGAUGGAGCAAGUUGCAAGAGACUCACAUUGUAAAAUGGAGCUAAAGCCUUUCAAGAAUAGGACCCAGCUUAUGCUCUGGCUAGAUUGGCCAAACAAAAUUACAGCCCAGGAAGUUAAACAAAAAUUAGAACAGGCUAUUGGGGUAAUGGUAAAUUUCCUCAGCAAGUUUAGAGCUGUUACUUUUAAAAUUCCACAAGACAAGAUUCAAGAUUUUCAGAACUUUUUCAGACAUCCAGAAACAUCACAUUACAAUAUAUAUUUUCAUCAUGUUUCUUUUGUUGCCCUCAUUAUUGGAGAGGACACAGUUAGCAACCUCAUCGCUUUGGUGAAUGAAAAUUAUUCCCAAUUUUUAUCUCAACCCAUGAAUCUUGGUGCCAUAAAUUAUGCCAGCCCGCAAUCAGCACAUCAAAGUGACCAUGAACUACCAUAUGCAAAUAAAAACAAACCUACAGAAAUUCCUAAAGAAACUUUGCCAGACAAGGAAUUGACUGAAGUCAAAGACAUGCCAUUCAAAAGAGAUGAGUUCAUUUUGAUAAAAAAAAGCAAUUUCUUUUUGCCCACGAGAGAAAAAUAUCCAAAUCUAAAAAUUGAGUAUGAUGAAAAAGAAUUUAAAGUUUUUUUUAAAGGUCGAGAUAAGACUGAUGUUAUCAGUGCUUGCUAUGAGUCAUUGAAGAAAUGUCAAGAUGAUUUGGCAAAAGUGAAACUAGAAAACUUUUCAGCUGAACAAAAUCUUCUUCUUCAGAAAGCAACAUUUCUUGAAAAAGUGAACUCUUCACUUCAUGAAGGACACCUAUACUUUUCACCUGAUGGUGUCCUGACCCUCCAGUACAUAAACACAGCAGACAAAGACAAAAUGAUUGAACAGAUCAAGUCCCAAGUUGAUGUAAGAAAAAUAAAAGUAAACAAAGACUUGGUCCUGGUGCUUAAAUCUCAACUUGGGGCAAAUUUUUUGUCUGGUUUGUGUGAUCAAAUUGAUGGUGUCCAAAUGACAGCUUGCAUACAGCUAGACCAGGCAGAAGAGAACCUAGUCAUUAUUUCACCACAGGACCAGCAAUACAAACUCCACAAAGAAGUUGAAGAAUUCCUCAAGAAAAACCAGCCAGACAGAAAAGAAAUUGCUUUUUCCUAUGGCAAACAACAGAUGUUGAAAAGGUUCAUGCAGAAUAAUCUUGACCAGAUUUUCAAUGACAAAACUGCUAAAGUAGAAAAACUUGCUGACAGAUUUAUUGUCACAGGCCUCAAGGACAGUGUCAACAAACUUAAUGAACAGCUGCAACUGCUCAGCGAAAAAAUUACUUUUCAAGAAAUACAGGUAAAGUAUUUUGGGAUUCAAGAGUUUCUUGAAAAUGCAGAUGGUAAAUCUUUAGUGAAAAAGGUUGAAGAUCAGAACCAAUGUGUCAUUUUGAUAAAAUCAGAGGAUGUGAAGGCAGCUUUUGGUUCUCCCAAAACAGAAACAAAACAAGUUGAACCUUCUGUCAUAGCCAGGGCAGAGGUGAACAAUGUUGAGCUAGUUUUCUUGCAAGGGGACAUAACUACCAUUAAAGCAGAUGUAAUUGUCAAUCCGUUGGAUUCUUCUCUAGCAACAUCAAGUGCACUGAGCAGAUCACUUAUCUCUAGAGGUGGAGCUGAUGUGUUCAAAGAUCUUACACAAUCAAGAAAGAUGUCACUGGGUACAGUUAUUCCAACUACAGGUGGUCAGAUCCCCAACCUGAAGGCUAUUUUCAAUGUUGUCUGUCCAGUCUCCACUGAUGAUGAUGAAGAUGUGGACAAACUUCGCUUAGCCGUGGCCAACUGUCUGAUGGAAUGCAAGAAACAAAAUUUUAAUUCCAUUGCUCUACCAGUUGUUGGAACAGGGCAAAUAUUAAACUUUCCUGUUCUUUCUGCCUGUGUUCGCAUGAUGGAUGCACUGUACAACUAUCUGAAUGGAAGUCCAACCCUGACACACAUUUACUUGUGUGACAUUCAGCCAAAUCAUGUUGAAGAGUUGAUGGACAGGUUUAAAGCCAAGUUUGACCAGUGCCCUUUACAGCAUGUUUCUAAACUAGCACCUCUUCCAAAAUUUUCUUUGGGCUCUUAUCAAGAAACAAGCUACAGGAAACAGGCACCUGAGGCACCAAAACACUUUAAAAAACAAGAGUCUGUGUUAAACCUAAAGAACAUCAAAGUGAAUUUUGUCACUGGAGAAAUAAACAAGCAACAGACAGAUGUUAUUGUAGUAACUGUAGACAGACAUUUAGAUUUGAGCAAGGGGAGACUAGCAAAAACUAUUCUGGAAGAAGGAGGGCCAUCAAUUCAACAGGAACUACAGUCAAAUUAUCCUGAUGGCAUCAAGUUUAAUGAUUUUGCUGAGUCUUCUGGUGGCAACUUGAGGUGUGGAAACAUUUUUCAUGCUGCCCUGUCCAGAUUUAAAGGAAACAAUAAAGAGUUGGAGGCUCUGGUUGUAAAAUUAUUGGAGGGAGCAGAAAAAAUACAAGCCAGUUCUAUUUCAAUUCCUGCCCUUGGCACUGGAAACUUGGGAUAUCCAGCUGAUUUGUCUGCAUCUGUGAUUUCUGAAGCUAUCAGGAAGUUUUCUAAAACAUCAGCAUCCUCUCUUAAACAAAUAAAUAUAGUUGUAUACCCAAGAGACCAAGAAGUUGUCAAGGUAUUCCGUUCUGUUUUAGAAGGAAAAGAAGAUGAGCAAGGGGCUUCAUUUUCAACCUUUCAUAAAGCUGCUUUCAGAUCUGAUCAUUUUGGCAGAGACGAGAGCAAGAACAUAAAAAAAUAUGGAGCAGUCACUUUGGUAAUUAAGAAAGGUGACAUAACUCAAGCGAAAUGUGAAGGAAUAGUCAAUGGCAUAAAGGACUCAAUGGAUCUAACAAAUUCAGGCCAAGUGUGUAAGGCUCUGCUCAAGUUGUGUGGCCAGACGCUGCAGGAUGAAUGCUCUAAUAAACAAAGUGAGAUGGCUAAAGAUGGAGUAGUUUUAACCUCAGCCCCCAACAUGUCCUGUCAGCACAUCCUUCAUGUCAGUCAGGACAAGUUUGCUAAACAUUGGGAUAAAGGAGUCACUGCAGUGCUGGCUGAAGCUGACAAGGCAGGAUUAAAAUCCCUGGCAAUACCCGCACUUGGCGCAGGUACAAGAAAUGCUAACAUUCCCUUGUUAAAGAAAAUGAUUCUUGGUGCUAUAAAAGAUUUUAGCAAGAACUCACCAAGGUCAUUGACACUAAUCAACCUGGUCAUUUAUGACCAACAUGUUUUGGAUGAAUUUCUUGAGCAAGCUCAGAGCAAACACUUGAGUCAUAACACAGAAGGUUCAGGUACAACCACAAAGGUAUCAGAGCAAGUCACUCUAAAAUGUUAUUCUAACCGUGCAACCCAAAUAAGAAUGGCUGAACAAAGCCUCUUGCAAGAGUGCAAAGCUGCAUUCAAAGAGAACUCUGUCAGAGAGGAAAAUGUGAAGAAACUGGACAAAAGUCAGAUAGAGAAACUAAAGUCUGUGGGAUAUGAAAAUCUUGUCCAGGUGUCUGUAAAACCGGAGGCUGGGAUCAUACUCAUGCAGGGCUUUAAAGUGGAUGGCAUGCUCAAGGUACAGCAAGUUCUGCAGAAUUUUCUUGUGAAAGCUGUAGAUGAACAUCAUAAACAGCUCCACAGACAUAUGCCCUCAGCAAUACAGUGGCAGUAUGAGAAGGGGAGAAAGUGGACUGACUUUGAGCCAAUCUUAAAUAGUGAGUUGGAGAGAAAGUACCAAAAGAAAGCAAGUCACCACGACAUUACAGAUGCCAAAGGACGCAAGUAUCGGGUUGAUUUGACUGCCAUGAAAGAGUUUUAUAUUGAUGAUAUUGAUAACAGUGUAGAUUCCAGACAUGGUAUAAACAUUCGUAGGAAGGAUAGGACCAAAGGGGGAGAGCCUUUACCUGAAAAAUGGACUCCAAUGGCAGAUGAUGAAAAUGUGAAAAUUGUACCUUUAAAACAAGGAAGCCAAGAAUAUACUAAAAUACAGCAGUUCUUUUUACAAGGAGGAGCAAAUGCUUCAAUUAAAAAGAUUGAGCGCAUCCAAAACAAGGCCCUAUACCAGCAGUAUUCUGUCAAGAAAAGAGAACUGGAACUGCACAAUCCAAAAGGGCACAAAAAUGAGCUCAGAUUAUUCCAUGGCACCAGUGCAAAUACUAUCCAGAUGAUAAUUAACAAUGGUUUUAAUAGAAGCUACUGUGGGGUCAAUGGUACAGCAUAUGGAAAAGGUGUUUACUUUGCAGUACAAUCCUCAUAUUCUGUCAACUAUGCUGCACCAGAUGCUCAAGGAAAUCGUCACAUGUUUGUUGUUCGGGUUCUUGUUGGGGAGUCAACUCCAAGCAACUCUUCAAUGAACUUCUUACCUAAUAAACCUGGCACCACUAGGCCUUAUGAUUCUGGCAGUGCUAAUGGAAUCUAUGUCAUUUUUUAUGACACACAGUGUUACCCUGAAUAUAUGAUCACCUUUUGAUAACUGCCCAGCAAGUCAAAUUUUGGAUGAGAUUACAUUAUCUUAAUACCAGGUUUUGAGUUGAAGUAGGUUUACUAAAAUUCUGUUGCUUGAAUACCAGUUUUUUUUUCUUAAAUAGCAGACAACAAAUUAUUACCAAUCUGAAUGCUUUGUGUUGUAACUAGAAUUUUUUUUCUUAAUUAGUGAUGUAUGCCAUUGUACGAUAAAACUGAUAAAACUAUUAAACAGGACACAAAAGCUUUUAUUCCUUUGCAUGCAUUGUUUUAGUGCACACACAAUGUAGAAAUUCUAUUUGAGAUUUUAAAAGGCUGUGAUGUUAUCUUCUAACUAAUAAAUGCUGAUAUGUAUUACAUGGAGCGAUGUUACUCCUGUAAGCCUCUGAGGUUUCAUUAUUCUGGCCCUGUUAGGCUUAAGCUAAAUCAUUAUCUACAGUCUUAAACUAACCUAUACUAAAAAACAAACUUUGACAAAACAAUUUCUUUAUUUCUUACUAAAACUGAGCACCGCCAUUGAAUUUUUGAGGGAAAAGAAAUCUGGCUUCAAAUGAUAUUUUUUUGUAAUGUAAAUUAAAUUUGAAUAAUUCAAUGUUUAAACUAUUAAAAUUAUUGAAUGCUGCUCAUUUUUUGCAUCAUCUGUGUCCUAUUAAAGAAAUAUUAAAAUGUAAUAUUUUGUGAAAAUGCAUCAGCAUAAUAAAUCAACUUAAUUGACCAAACGUUAACCUUAAAAGUAUUAAGGUGUUAGUGAAUGAACUGUACUUUUAAUCAAGUAUUUAGCAUGAAGUAAGAUGGUUUAAAGAAGGGAUUUUAAAAAUACAUAGAAAGAAAAACACAGGAAAAAAGAAAAUCAGUGUUAGAAAAUUACUGAUUGUACACAUUUUGCAUUUGUGGUCAAGGGUGUUUAAAACAGUAGUGUUGCUAGGUCGGGUGUCACCCAGUCAGUGUUUCUUCCAGACUUUUUUCUCCGGGGGUGCACUUAUAAAUUGAAUAUAUGCCGCAUACGCGUACAAGUAUGUGCAUAUGCAUUAGUCACUGCAGCCGUAAUAGUAAUAAUGUUUGUCUAUAGUCUGUUAAUAAUACAGUUGGAUGUAACAUUGUUUUCUCUAUAUUUGUUGAAUGAUAAACAUAAAAUAUAAUAUUUAUCUCUUGAUUUUUAAUGUAAUUAUUGUUUCAUUAACAAUAAAUUCGACCUUUUCUG